UCGCGCACCUCGCGCACCUCGCGCACCUCGCCGUCGACGACAUGCAGUGCGCCGCGUAGCAGUGCGACGCCGUGGGGCGCGCGUGUUGUGCCAGCCGAACACAGUGAACUUAAAAGUGAUCGUUGAGAAGGCAGUGUGGGAGGCAGUUGGUGUCCAGUGCGUGAUCGGCGUCCUGGCGUCCUCCAGGAUGCGCGUCGUCGCUGUCGCCGUCCUGGCCGUGCUCUGCUCGACCGCCUGCGCCAUCGUGCAGCGACGGGCCCCGCCUGGUGAAUGGACCGAUGGCAGCGACCGCAGCGCGCGGGUCCUGCGCCAGUCCGGCCAGUCGCAGUGGCGCGGCUCCAACGACGCGCUGGGGUACCUGGCCGGCGCGGGGCUGCGCGGCUACGUGUCGUCCUCCAGCAGCAGCAGCAGUAGCAGCUCCAGCAGCAGCAACGGCGGCAGCAGCUCGUCCUCGUCCAGU